UCUCAGUCGUGUUAGUUAGAAGAGGCUCCAUGGAUCUGCUCACAUUUCUGGUGCUCACUCUCUCUUGUCUGCUUCUCUUCUCACUCUGGAGACAGAGCUCAGGGAGAGGGAAGCUCCCUCCUGGCCCCACUCCUCUCCCAAUUAUUGGCAAUAUUCUCCAGAUAGAUGUGAAGAAUAUCAGCCAAUGCUUAACCAAUUUCUCAAAAGUCUAUGGCCCUGUGUUCACUCUGUACUUUGGGAUGAAGCCCACUGUGGUGUUGCAUGGGUAUGAGGCAGUGAAGGAAGCCCUGAUUGAUCAUGGGGAGGAGUUUUCUGGAAGAGGAAGCUUCCCUCUGGCUGAAAAUAUUAAUAAAGGCCUUGGAAUCAUUUUUAGCCAUGGAAACAGAUGGAAAGAAAUAAGGCGCUUCUCUCUGACAACCCUGCGGAAUUUAGGCAUGGGCAAAAGGACCAUUGAGGACCGAGUUCAAGAAGAGGCCCAGUGCCUUGUGGAGGAACUGAGAAGAACCAAUGGUGCACCCUGUGACCCCACCUUCAUCCUGGGCUGUGCUCCCUGCAACGUCAUCUGCUCCAUUAUUUUCCAGAAUCGUUUUGAUUACAAAGAUCAGGAUUUUCUUAACUUCCUGGAAAAAACAAAUGAAAAUGUCAAGAUUCUGAGCUCCCCCUGGUUGCAGUUCUGCAAUGCUUUCCCUAUUCUCCUUGAUUAUUGCCCAGGAAGUCAUAACACAGUAGCUAAAAAUCUUGAUCAUAUUAAAAGCUACCUUUUGGAGAAAAUAAAAGAACAUCAAGAAUCAUUGGAUGUCACAAAUCCUCGGGACUUUAUUGAUUAUUACCUGAUUAAAUCAAAGCAGGAAAACCACAAUCAGCACUCAAUAUUUACAGCUGACAAUUUGGCAACGACUGUGACUGAUUUGUUUGGUGCUGGGACAGAGACAACAAGCACAACACUGAGAUAUGCUCUCCUGCUCCUGCUGAAGCACCCACAUGUCACAGCUAAAGUCCAGGAAGAGAUUGUCUUUGUGAUCGGCCAACAACGCAGGCCCUGCAUGCAGGACAGGAGCCACAUGCCCUACACAGAUGCCAUGAUUCACGAGGUCCAGAGAUUCAUUGACCUCAUCCCGACCAACCUGCCUCAUGCAGUGACCUGUGACAUUAAAUUUAGGAACUACCUCAUCCCCAAGGGAACAACCGUAAUGACAUCACUCUCAUCCGUGCUGCAUGACAGCAAGGAAUUCCCCAACCCAGAGACAUUUGACCCUGGCCACUUUCUAGAUGGGAAUGGAAACUUUAAGAAAAGUGACUACUUCAUGCCUUUCUCAGCAGGAAAACGGAUGUGUGCAGGAGAGGGCCUGGCCCGCAUGGAGCUGUUUCUAUUCCUGACCACUGUUUUACAAAACUUUAAGCUGAAGCCUUUGGUUCACCCAAUGGACAUCGAUACCACCCCAGUUGUCAAUGGAUUUGCCUCCGUGCCACCCCCUUACCAGCUCUGCUUCAUUCCUGUCUAAAGAGAUCAGGUUAACUGCCUCCUGAUGUAUUGUCUUCUGCAAUCCCUUUUAGCCCAUUGUAUACUUCCCUCACCAUAAAAGAACUCAGGUCCUUUCUCCUUUCAAAUGCUCCCAAAUACCUCUAAAUUCAGGAAACACAUAUAUUCUAUUUUGUAGUUUCUGGAGUCACUUCACUAAUAUAUGUGUACUUCGCUAUCCUCUGAAACACUGUUCCUUCCCAUCCCUUGUGCCCACAUAUAUCUAGGCUUGAGCUAUUAAUGUGAUUUAACUGUAGCACCAAGAAGUUUCUUCUUAUAAUAAUUCACAGUAAUUUAACUUCUGGGUGUUCUUAAUAAAAAUAUCUUUUGAUUGAUA